UUGCCCAAAAAUAAGGUUAUGCAUGUGCCAAGUUACUUGUUUUGAUGAGAUCUUAGGGAUACAGUUAGCUAAGAAAAAACGUGAAUGCACUUAUCUACAAGUGCAUAAGGUCUGAAAGCAGAGCACACAAACACUGGGAAACAAAAGGUUGCUUUUCUCACUGUAGAAAGAUGUAUCUUCAAAACUUAGUGCCAAAAGUAGAUGUUAGUCCCUUUAAGGGGAAAAUGCCACCAACUGGUGUGUGAAGUCCCGUUUUUGAAGCCUUGUGCUAUCAUCAUCUAGCAAUUUUCCCUCUUAUUUCCAGAAAUAUAGGUAUGGUUCACAGCCCAGAUCCUUACUCAACGACAAGUGGAAUGUUCUGAUAUUAAACUUUUAAAAGAUACAGUUUAACUGAUUUUUUUUAUUUUUAGUUGACAGUACUGGAAUAACUAAAUAAUCCAUAUAUCUCCUUAAAGCCUAAAAUAUGAAAUAAUUGCCAGAAAAUUACACUUUUUGUGAAAAUGCAGACAUUUAAGUUAAUUUUAAUCUCUAUACAUGACAAAAAUCACACCGAUGAUGUAGAAGUCUCAAAAACUCACAGAAAAUCUGUGUGUUUGAAAUAUGAUACACUAGGGUUUUAGAGGACAUAUAAUUGGGGGUUUUUGUAGCGUCUCUAUUCACCCUCAGCCUUCAGAGCACUCUGAACCCAGCAGUUUUUGGAUCUCAGGGAUUAUUUGUACAGUGCAUCUGAUAGUCACAAUGCUUUACUUGUUCCUAUAUUUCAUCAUGUUACAGCCUCAUUUCAAAAUGAGUUAAAUUUACGAUACUUCAUAAUUACAAAGUCAUAAAAAGUUUGCUUGAAAUUCUUGCAAAUAUCAUUUAAAUAAAUAAAUAGUAUAACAUGAGUUUUCACAGCCUUUGCCAUGACACAGUUGGCAGCAUUGAGCUCAGGUGCGCCCUGUUUCCACUGAUCAUCUGUCUGACGUCUCUUCAGCUUCAGUAGAGUCGACCUGUGGGAAAUUCAGUUGUCUGGACAGGAUUUGGAACUUGUCUAUAAAAGAUCCCAUAGCUGACACUGCAUAUCAGAGCACAAACCAAAGCAUGAAAUCCAAAUUACUACAGGACUGACAGCCCCAAUGACCACAGUGGCCUCCAUCAUCUGUAAAUGGAAGUAGUCUGGAAGUGCCUGGCCAAUAUCAGCAACUGAGGUCUUAGUGAAAAGCCUGAGUCAGCGAGGUGAAUGCAAAAUGAGGCUGGGUGUGACUGUAAAAUCUGCUGCUUUAAAACCCGUGAGGGUUGUGUCUCCUGUCUCCUGUGUGCUGCUGAGUGCCUGCCCGAGAGUUUGUCACUGUGCCUACUCUGCUGUGGAAAGUCUAGAAAGAUGCCAUCGGAGACCAAGCCAUCGAUUUUUAAAGGAGUGAAUCUCAACUGUGAGACCAACAACACUGAACAUCACACCAAAAAAAUCUCAAAGGAUGAGCUGAUUGUGAGGCGAGGCCAGCCGUUCACCGUCAAAGUUGAACUGACGGAACCUUUCAAGCCUGACCUUUACCCACUCGCCAUCACUGCAGUGACAGGAGAAAAUCCAUCUGAGAACCUGGGAACAAAGUCAUGCUUUGGUAUCCCAGACAAAAUCCGGCGUUCACCGUCAGCAAAGGCGGUGUGGAAGGUGGAGCUGGAGAAGAGAUCCUACCCACUAACAGGCUCCUUGAAUUUGACCAUUACCCCUCCAGCUGACGCUCCAAUCGGAAAGUACAAUUUAACUGCCAGAUAUAGGGAUGAGGAAACAUUGUUGGCAAAUCUGAUUGUGCUUUUCAAUCCCUGGUGUCCUGAUGAUUCAGUGUCUCUCUCUGAUGAGGCAGAGAGACAGGAGUAUGUGAUGAAUGAACAUGGCAUAAUCUACAAAGGAAGUGGGGACUACCUCAUAUCUAUUCACUGGGACUUUGGGCAGUUUGAAGAGGACAUGGCAAAGAUUUGUCUGAAGAUCUUGGAUGUCAGCCCAAACCACCUGGAAAACCCAGCUAAGGAUGCUUCUGCUCGCUGUAACCCCAUCUACGUCAGCCGCGUGGUCAGCGCCAUGAUCAACAGUGGAGAUGAAUAUGGCGUCCUGGAGGGACGGUGGGCAGGUCCAUUUUGGGGUGGGGAUGAACCCUCUCACUGGUCUGGCAGCUAUCCCAUCCUCAAGCGCUGGCACAACAUCGGCUGCCACCCAGUCAAAUAUGGACAGUGCUGGGUAUUUGCUGGCGUGAUGUGUUCAGUAAUGCGUCUUUUGGGCAUCCCAUGCCGUGUGGUCACCAACUACCAGUCAGCUCAUGACAGCAACAAGAAUCUGAUCAUUGAUGUGUACCAUGCUGACUAUGGGGUCAGAGAGAAAGAGACCAAGGACAGUGUGUGGAACUAUCAUGUCUGGUUAGAGUGCUGGAUGAGGCGAACUGACCUGGCAAAAGAUGGUAAAUAUGACGGCUGGCAAGUUGUGGAUCCAACACCGCAGGAGAAGAGUGAUGGUGCAUACUGCUGUGGUCCAGCCCCAGUCAAAGCCAUCCUGAAUGGAGAAACCGAUCUCAAAUAUGAUGUCCCAUUUGUCUAUGCUGAGGUCAAUGCUGACUGUAUUGACUGGCUGUGUAAAGCUGAUGGCACAAUGGUGAAUAUUUUCUCUGACACCAAGAGAGUCGGACAGAACAUCUCCACCAAGGCUGUUGGCUCCGACACGAGGCUGGACAUCACAGGCAGCUACAAGUACAAGGAAGGGACUGAGGAGGAGAGGACUGUAUUUAAAUAUGCUCUCACCAGAAAUCACCCCAGAGAUGAUGAAAUAAAGGAUAAUGAAGGGCCCAGGGAUGCAGAUGUGAACAGGACAAAUAAUGCAAACCAGAAUGGAGGGAUGGUGGAUGGAGCUGGGAAUGCAGGGAAGGAAGUGAACAAGACAGAUGAUAAGACCACAAACAGCAGAAAUGCAAGAUCUCCUGAGAGCAUCCUUCCACUUCCACAAAUAUCCAUGUGUUUUGAAGAGGUAUCCAAGCCAAAGGACGGUCAGGACGUGAGUCUGAGGCUGGUGCUGAACAGUGAGAGCCGCACUGCCAGGCCUGUGUCCAUCAAUAUCAGCGUCCAAGCCAUGAGAUACAAUGGCUCACCGGUUGAAAACAUCCAGAGUGAGGUGAAGGAAGAGACACUGCUGCCUGGAAAAGAUCUGUCCAUCCCUAUCUUGGUCCCCUUCUUGGUGUACCAUGAGCACAUGGUGGACUCUGAGAGCAUGAAGAUUUCAGCUAUGGUCACAGAUAAGCUGGAGCCAAAAAAUGUGUACCUAGCAGUGAAUGAUGUCAUUCUGUUGGAUCCUCCAAUCUCCAUCACCCUUCGUAGUCCAGCGAGAGUGAACCAGAGCACCGCUGCUGAAGUGGUUUUCAUGAACCCAGUUAACAAGACACUGACUGAUUGCACUCUGACUAUUUCUGGAAGUGGUCUAGUGGAUAGGGAGCAAAAAUGCAUACUUCCAGAUCUGAAGCCAAGCAACAGAUUACGUGCCACUGUAUUCCUGUUUCCCAACAAGACUGGCAAGAAGACUCUGGUGGCCAGCUUUGACUGCUCCUCCUUCAGACACCUAAAGUGCACCUGCAUUGUCAACGUCCUCCCAUAAAUCCUCAGAAUCACAGAAUAGGAGUUGUGUAAUCUCAAUGAGUAAAUCAAUAAAAAAUUACUCUUUUAAAAAAUACUUUAUUAGCUUUAAAAAGCAAUGUGAUAAGAGGGUUUUUUCUUUGUGUUUUUCUUUACUUUCAUAAAGAAGUGAUUAUCAGAAGAAACUUUUUUGAGACUGGCUCCCAAAGGGAGUAAAUCCAAACAGACUGCUGUGUUAACUUGUCUGUAUCAUUGUGGGCUCUUUAUCUUACAAGGUAAAGUGCCUUUAGACGACUGUUGUUAAGUUUCAUGUGUAGAAAGCAUUAAUCAUACUAAUACUGCGCUGUUAUUAUUAUCACUGUUUUUAAAAUUGCUUGAAGAGUCAAAGCCAUUUCAUAUAAAAGUCAAAUUUAUUUGUAUUAUAUGUCAUCACUGGCACCAUGUACACUGAUAUAAAAGCUCACACUACUUUGUAUUUUAAGCUGUUGCAGGCGAUUCAGCUACAAACUCACAGCAAUGCUAAUGUCAAAACUAAAGUUUACAUACAUAAAGAAUUUAGCUAAACCUUGAAAAACAGACACACGCCUGUAUUCUCAAUGUGUUUUCUCAGACUUUAACUAUUCUUAAAAUAUAUAUGAGUCAGUAUUCUUGCAACUUUGUUCCUGCUCCUGAAGAAGCUAGAAGCAAGCACACGACGACAACAAUACAACAGUAAUAUUUGCAGUAAGACAGGCUUGCUACCUCCCAAAGGAACUGGAGCUCUUCAUUGUUCAUAAAAAGUUUGAUAGAGUAAUUAUUAUUUCCCUAUGUUCGCAUGAUUUCAUCUGUACUGUGCAUAAGAUGGUAUUAAAGCACCUCCCUGUGGCUGAGAAGUAAACUAAACUGUUCCGUUUUCACUGCUUAGAUUUCUUUCCCUGAAUAUAUAAAUAAAAUGGGUAUCA